AUUCAAGACAUCAAAUUCUAUUCUGUCUUACUGUUGGCCCAUGAAAGAACGAGAAGAUGUUGGAAUAUAUGGUACAGUUGUACAUGUUUAUAAUGAAUACAAUGGUCUAGUUAUCUGACUUACUAUGCCUGACUCUGGCACAAAGUGUUGCAUCCAGAAUUUCCUCGAUAUUGGCUUUCAUCAGCAGUUGUCACUGUAAAAAGACCCAUCUCUCCCGUAAAGACGGCUUCUGUUCAUAGAUUGGUACCCUUACAAUGAUGGAGGUUAACUGACUUAUAAGGAAGAUGGAAUACGAUGAAAAUUUUGCAGACAAAAUUGCUGAUUUAUGUUACAAGAAAUAUCAGUCGUUACCAAAGAAAGGGAAGCCUCAGAAAGAAAAAGAAUGGACAUUGUUAUCCUGUAUAGUUAUAACAAAAAAUAAAGAAAUGAGAGUUGUCUCCCUUGGUACAGGGACAAAGUGCAUUGGGAAGAGUAAACUAAGCCCUAAUGGUGAUACAGUAAAUGACAGCCAUGGAGAAAUACUGGCACGGAGAGCCUUUCUGAGAUAUUUAUAUGCUGAGCUGACAGAAGCCUACAGUGGGAGAAAGAGUGAUAUUUUUACAGCUCCGGACAUGACUUCCAACAAGUGUGGACUUAAAUCGGGUGUCCAUUUCCAUCUCUUCUCCAGCCACACCCCAUGCGGUGAUGCUUCAAUUUUCCCCAAAGAUGAAUUGUCUGGGAAAGAGGAAGUUGACUGGGAUUCAUUUUGUUGGCAGUAUGGUAGGAAGAGGAAACUGGAUACAGAGAGUGACAGCAUGGCCAAAUGUCCUAAAGUAGACAACUCAGAUAGCAGUUCACACUGUAAAAGCAGGGACUCAGCAGCUGGGGACAUUAAAGCCAGUUAUUUAGAGAAUGUUGGAGACAAGGAUCAGAAAAAUUCAAAUAUUAACGAAGAUGAAAUAAAAAUUCAGUCCUGUAGUUUUUAUUGUGGAGAUAAAAGUGACACAUCUUCAGAACAUUCUGUCCAAGGAAACCAGAAGGAGGGAUCUCAGUCAUCCAAGCAUCCUGUCCAAUCAGAAAGCAUAAAACAGUGUGACCAGAAUUCUGGGCAUUUUAUUAGAUCAGGAUCUCUAAAGCAGAAUUUGCCAUCUCAGUGUAAAGACAUCUUAGAGUGUAAUGAAAAAUUUCAGGACAAUCAGAGCAGCUCAAAGGGAGAUAACCAAAUCCAAAAUAGACUGCAAGAUAUUUAUAGGACAGGAGCAAAGCCUGUUGCAGGGGGAGGGGAGGAUCCACUUGGGGUGGGGUCAGAAUACCACUCUGUGGGUCUCUUUAGAAUUAAGCCUGGCAGAGGGGAGAGAACUCUGUCCAUGAGCUGCAGUGACAAAAUAGCCAGGUGGAAUGUCCUGGGAUGUCAAGGGGCAUUACUCUGUCAUUUUCUUCAGAAGCCAGUGUAUUUCUCCUCUAUCAUCAUUGGCAGGUGUCCAUUCAACCAAAAAGCAAUAACAAGGGCAGUAAUAGAAAGAUCGGAGGGCAUUAAAGACCUGCCAGAGGGAUUUCAUGUCACACGACCAGCCAUCCUACAGUCAGAUAAAGUGUUUAGUGAUGGGAAAGCUUGUGUAGACAAACAGUCAAAAGGAAAAGUGGUUCCCUCUUCAGCAGCUAUUAUAUGGUGGGAUUCCAUGGAAACACCUGAAGUUAUCAAUGAGGGCAAACCACAAGGUCUCACCAAAAAGGACUGUCUAAAAGAUCCAGUGAAAGCAAGGAGCAGGAUCUGUAGCAGAGAGUUGUUCAACUGUUUUGUCAGACUUCUGAAAUCUGUUGAGAUACAGAAUCUGCCUCACAUUGAAAAUAGUGCUUUAAAACCAAAUGCCAGUUAUUUUGACUGGAAGAUGGCCUCAGAAAAUUAUCAAAGAGCCUGGCAGAAACUCCAAGCAUGCUAUAAUUCUUGGAGCCAGAAACCAGAGGAACUUUUGAAAUUCUACUCUGAUGUUAGAUAGGAAAAUUUGGAAAUCUUGUAGCUGAAGCGACAUCUACGUGAUAUUGGUGAAAUACUACUGGCAACUCAUCACAAUUCUACUGCAUUAUCUAUACAAGUUAAUUCCAGGCCUUGUUAGAGUCACAUACAAUAUAUUUUACUUGUGAUAUUUUUAUUUAUAAAUAAAGAAAAGACAACAAGAUUUACUUCACCCUACUUUUAUUGAAAAAUGUGUCUACAUAAAAUAUGGCAGGAUUUGUCUGUGAUGCUGAAUAAAAAAAGAUGUGUACAUGUUUAUCAAACUGAGACACUCCUAAUGUGGCGUCCUGGUGAAAGGGUCAAAUGAAAGGUCAGAUUACAAAAUGGCUGACUAGUUUUUCUGGCAAAACAGAUGAAAUUUUGACAGAUAAUGACAAUUAUUGCCCACUGCCCCUAACAACAAA